CUCACCCUACAACCAACUCCACCAAUCAUGACACUGCUGGCGAAGGCCAUGUGUGCUGUUCUCCUGAUGGGCUGCUGCAGGGCAGUUGACGUCUCCUCCCUUCACGGCGCUGCUCCUGAUGGGGGCACCGCAAACGGAAGCAGCGGUGGUCGUGGUGGGGGCGUGUUGGCGUUCCACCAUCCAUCCGGCUUCUUCCGUGGCAUUGCUCCCGAGUCUUUGGAUAAAUCCUCUCUACAAGGUUUUGCCAAUAAGGCUCAUGACCUCUCAGCCAGUCACAGCGCGCACGACGCGGUCAAGCCUUAUAGCAGUGGAUUUGGCGGGGCUCAUGAGAACGUCUAUGGUGGCAAGCCUCAUUCCUUCGACAGUUCUCUCGGUGUCAAAGAUAACCCUUUCGACAGCUCCUUAGGCGUCAAAGAUAACUCUUUCGACAGCUCCUUAGGCGUCAAAGAUAACUCUGGCAGCCUAUACGGUGUUAACGGUAACUCCUUCGGCAGUUCUUCCAGCAUCAAAGAUAGCUCGUUAGGCAGUAUCUAUAGUGUCAAAUCUAAUUCAUUCGGCAGCGCUCAUGGUGUCAAAGAUAACUCCUUCGACAGUUUCUUAGGCGUCAAAGAUAACUCAAACAACCCUUACGGUGUCAAAUCUAAUUCAUUCGGCAGCUCUCAUGGUGUCAAAGAUAACUCCUUCGACAGUUUCUUGGGCGUCAAAGAUAACUCAAACAACCCUUACGGUGUCCAAGGUAGCUCAUUUGGUAACACUUUUGGUGUGAAAGAUAACACCUUCGACAGCUCCUUAGGCGUCAAAGAUAAUUCAAACAACCCUUACGGUGUCCAAGGUAGCUCAUUUGGUAACACUUUUGGUGUGAAAGAUAACACCUUCGACAGCUCCUUAGGCGUCAAAGAUAAUUCAAACAACCCUUACGGUGUCCAAGGUAGCUCAUUUGGUAACACUUUUGGUGUGAAAGAUAACUCCUUCGACAGCUCCUUAGGCGUCAAAGAUAAUUCAAACAACCCUUACGGUGUCCAAGGUAGCUCAUUUGGUAACACUUUUGGUGUGAAAGAUAACACCUUCGACAGCUCCUUAAGUGUUAAAGAUAACGCGAACAACCCUUACGGUUUCAAAGCUAACUCCUUUGGCGGUUCAUUCGGUGUUAAAGGAAACUCAGCAAAUCCUUACGACGCCAAAGUUAACUCCUUCGACGGCUCUUUCAGCGCUAAAGAUCAUUCCUUUGACAAGUCCUUCGGCAUCAAUGCCAACUCCUUCGGCAGCUCAUUUGGCGCGAAGAACGGUUUGUCAAACGGCUUCGUAGGCUCGUCACGUAGACUUGGUGGCUUCCGAGGAGGACUCCAAGGCUCUAUAGAUUCCUUUGGAAAAUCUUCCGGUGGGCUUGGUGGUCUUCGAAGUGGCUUUGCUGGCGUGAAGGGGAUUGCUGCAAGCCCCUACGGCUUCCCUGGCAGCUCCAAGAGUGGCUUUGGAGGGUCCAUCAAUGGAAAACGAAUCUUCGGUGCGUCUGCUCUCAGCGGUGCUCGUGGACGGUCCAUCUUUGUUCCCGCAGGAUACCUUCGAGGCUACAAAAGCUACGCUGGGAAUCGUGGUGGAAAUCUUGGCUUCCGUGGAAAGUUCAUUCCUGUCAACGUUGGUUACGUCGGAUAAUUCACAAGAAAGGGACUCUAAUAUAAACCAUGACGUCUAGGACAACUCUGAAGAUUUAUGAGUAAUUUAAAUUAAUAAUAGAUAUUUUUAUUUAUGAAACGUAAAAUAUUUAACUUUCUUUAUAUAAAAAUUAGCUUUUUAAUAUUAAUUGUUCAUCGAUAGAAGUAAUAUUAUGGUAAUAUCAUAAUAUUUAUAUUUUAACAGUGAUUUGAUGUAACAUUUAGAGACAAAAUAUGUUUUAAAUUCUGUAUUUAAUAAACUUAUACAAUAAACUAUCCGAGGAAGCAAUGAGAAUUGUUAAAAACUUUGACAGACAAUAAAUGAU